AUGUCGACCCGUGCCCCUAAUCCUACGACAGGAUCGCGUAAGAUCUCAUUCAACGUAAGUGAGCAGUAUGAUAUUCAAGAUGUUGUGGGAGAGGGUGCCUAUGGUGUUGUCUGCUCGGCUCUUCACAAGCCCACAGGACAAAAGGUUGCUAUCAAAAAAAUUACUCCAUUCGACCAUUCUAUGUUCUGUCUGAGAACAUUGCGAGAGAUGAAGCUGCUUCGAUACUUCAAUCAUGAAAAUAUCAUCUCAAUUUUGGAUAUUCAAAAGCCUCGCAGCUUUGACUCUUUCACCGAGGUUUACUUGAUUCAGGAGCUUAUGGAAACCGACAUGCACAGAGUAAUUCGCACUCAAGAUCUCUCAGAUGAUCAUUGUCAGUAUUUUAUAUACCAGACUCUUCGUGCACUUAAAGCUAUGCAUUCUGCCAACGUCUUACACCGCGAUCUUAAGCCCUCCAACCUUCUCCUAAAUGCCAACUGCGACCUUAAAGUUUGCGAUUUUGGACUAGCUCGAUCUGCUGCCUCACAAGAGGAUAAUUCUGGAUUCAUGACUGAAUAUGUGGCGACUCGCUGGUAUCGUGCGCCUGAAAUCAUGUUGACAUUUAAAGAAUAUACAAAAGCAAUCGAUGUAUGGUCUGUUGGGUGUAUCUUGGCAGAGAUGCUGAGUGGAAAACCUUUGUUCCCGGGAAAAGAUUACCAUCACCAAUUAACACUAAUCCUUGAUGUUCUCGGCACCCCCACUAUGGAGGACUAUUACGGCAUCAAAUCUCGUCGUGCUCGCGAAUAUAUUCGAUCCCUUCCAUUCAAGAAGAAGAUUCCCUUCAAACAAAUGUUCCCAAAAACAUCUGAUUUAGCACUUGAUCUACUAGAAAAAUUAUUAGCCUUCAAUCCAGUCAAGAGAAUAACUGUUGACGAGGCUCUUCAACAUCCGUACUUAGAACCUUAUCAUGACCCCGAGGAUGAGCCAACUGCCGAUCCCAUUCCCGAGGAAUUCUUCGACUUUGACAAAAAUAAGGACAAUUUGAGCAAAGAACAGUUAAAAGAAUUAAUCUUUCAGGAAAUUAUGCGGUAG